AUGUCGUCGCGUAUUCCUCUCAUUUACGGCUGUGGUCUUUUCGGCAAAGAGGGCACCCUAUUUGCGCAGAUACAUGAUCUGGAAGAAUGCCAGAAGAUAAUCGAUGGCUUUACCGCUAGGGGUCACAAAAUAAUGGACACGUCAAGAGUUUACGGGAAUGGAUCAAGUGAGGAGUUCCUCGGUCUGCUAGACCUGAACAAGGCGAUGGUCGAUACGAAAGCGUAUCCAGUUACUCCCGGUGACGCCGCUCCGGUCAAGCUACGCGAAUCUCUCAACACCUCAAUUCGUGUCCUAGGACCUUAUGGCAGGAGGAUCCGCGUUUUCUUCCUACACGUUCCGGACAGGAGUGUACCUUUUGAGGAGACGUUGAGUGAGGUGGACAAGAUGUACCGAGAUGGCCUUUUCGAGGAGUUUGGCCUCAGCAACUUCUACUGUUGGGAGGUCGCCGAGAUUGUUGCGAUUGCAAAGGCAAGGGGAUGGAUUCGGCCUACGGUCUACCAAGGCCCACACAAUGCUCUCGAAAGAGAUGUCGAGUCCGAGUUGAUCCCCUGUCUCCGCAAACACGGGAUCAGAUUUCAUGCGUAUAGCCCUAUGGCGCGGGGCCUGCUAUCCGGCGUCAAGCCAAUUGCUGCUCUGCACCCCAUAGCGAGCGCGCGCUACUCACCUUACGCCGCCGCUUUUGACCGAUAUGUUGAGAUACUAAAAAAGUACCACCUCACUGGCGCACAAGUGGCGCUCCGAUGGAUUCAACAUCAUAGUCAGCUUACACCGGAUGACGCUGUCAUAAUCGGUGCAAGUACGAUCACCCAACUUGAGGAAAACCUUGAUGCAAGCGAGCAAGAGCCCCUGCCACAGGAGCUUCUUGAUGCGUUAUCUGAGCUGUGGAUGGAACAUCAAGGGCGCGCUCCGUCAUAUGCGUUUCCAGUUGUGCACCGAGGCAAAUAA